CGCAGACCGGGAUGUAAACGACAGAAGGAUAACCACUUCCGGUCCAGGCCUGGCUAACACAAAAGGGAGUACAGAACGGCUGAUGUGUCCCAUUUAUCCAGAUAGAUCUCUGUCAUAUGCUGGAAUGUAUCGUUGGGAAGAUGCCUGCCGUGUGUGACCACCCCAUUCCAUAACAGAUGUCCCGCUAUGUCUGGAGGUCUGACCAGGAUCCGGAACCCAGUCUCUAUCAAUCCUGACCCAUGAAGUGGAGUGGGAGCAAUUAGUAGGACACAGGGGUCUGUACAAGGAGGUGAUGGUGGAGAAUCACCAGACCCUCACGUCACCGGGUCUUUGAGAGGCUGGGCAUGAUCUGGAGGAUUCAGUACCCAAACUUCUACAUCCAACUGUUUAAGUGAAGACUAAACCUUUUGUACGCCAAGGAAAUAACACAAAAACAUGAGCGCCUGUUUGAAACACACGAUGGGGGAGCCAACUUCACAUGAGGAAUCUUUCAAAUAACUUAAAUGGAAAACUGGGCAGCUCUCCUAUUACUUUGGCUCAUGCUAAUUAAAAUUAUAGGUUAAGUAAACCUACUCAAGAAAAAAUAUACUCAACAAAUCAUAAACUUGACCUGUCAAAUGUUGUGAAAAAUAUUACAGAAGACUGCCUCACGCAAAGGAAGGAAUCUUACAGGCAACAACCAUUGUAUAUAUACUCAAGUUAAAGAAGACUCAGUCUUGUGUAAAGGAGGAAACCUCACAGGAACUGACAUGUAUACACCAAUAUAUCAUGAACAAAAUACAUCUAGUCAUAUUAAGGAGGAAUCAGCCUCAUGUGAGGGAGGAGACCUCACAGACGCUGACAUGUAUACAACCACAGGUCAUACACAGUAUACAUCUACUCAUAUUAUGGAGGAACCUGUCUCAUGUGAUGGAGGAGACCUCACACACACUGAUAUGUAUACACCCACAUAUCAUACACAGUAUACAUCUACUCAUAGUAAGGAGGAACCUGUCUCAUGUGAUGGAGGAGACCUCGCACACACUGACAUGUAUACACCCACAGGUCAUACACAGUAUACAUCUACUCAUAUUAAGGUGGAAUCAGUCUCAUCUGAAAGAGGAAGCACCACAGACACUGAGAAUUAUACUCCCAUAGAUCAUAUACAGUAUACAUCUACUGAGAUUAAGGAGGAAUCAGUCUCAUGUAAUGGAGGAGACCUUACAGACAUCAACAUUUAUACACCCACAGAUCAUACGCAGUAUACAUCUACUCCUAUUAAGGACGAACUAACCUCACAUGAAGGAGGAAACCUCGCAGGCACUGACAUUAAUACACAAUAUCCAUCUACUCAUAUUAAGGUGGAAUCUGUCUCGUGUGAUGGAGGAAAUUUCAUAGUAAAUGACAUUUAUGCCUUUACAUUUACUGGGGAAUAUAUUGAAGGGAGUGGAAAUGUUCAAGAAAUAAUGAAGCCCCCACAAUUAGCGCAAGGAAGCAAGUAUAUUAAAUUCACAGCUCCAUCUUCUCAAAGCGUUAAGACAAUGUACACAUGCCCAGUCUGCCAGAGAAGUUUCAAUAACCACGGGAAUCUUGUGAAACAUCGGGAAGCCCACAAAGGAAAAAAGCCGACUUGUUCAAUUUGCUGGGAACAGUUCUUGUCCCAGUCAGACCUGUUGGUCCAUCAGAUCCAGUCCCACAAAAUCGACAAAUCCACACGAGAUCCUCCGAAAGCAAGAAAAUCAACUUGUUCAAAGUGUGGAGCACAGUUCUCUUUCAAGAGUGACCUGUUGGCUCACCGAAAAGUGCACAAAAUUGAUAAAUACCUUUACUGUUCCGAAUGCAACAAGCAGUUUUCCUGCAACUCCCAACUGGUAAUUCAUCGGAGAAUCCACACCGGGGAAAAACCCUUUGCGUGUCCUAAGUGCGGGAAGCAAUUCUCCAAUAAAUCAAACCUUGCAGAACAUAUGAGAGUUCACAUGGGAUCUAAACCUUUUCCUUGCUCAGACUGUGGGAAGUGUUUUUCUAGGAAGGACAACCUUAUAAGCCACCAGCAGAAGCAUGCGGGGGACAAAACAUUGACAUGCUCUGACUGUGGGAGGUGGUUCGUUAAUCACCACAAAUUUGUGAAGCACCAGAAGUUUUGCGCGUUGGAGAAGCCAUUCUCUUGCCCCGACUGUGGCAAAAGUUUUACCCACAAUGCAUUUCUUCUCAGGCACCAGCGAUGCCACGUGGAUGAAAAGCCUUACAUCUGUUCCGACUGUGGGAAGUGUUUCAUUCGGCAUGGAGAACUUGUGAAGCAUCUAAGAAUACACACCGGAGAGAAGCCAUUCAUAUGCUCCGAUUGUGGCAAGCACUUUAGCACGGGUUCCGGUCUUAUAAACCACCGAAAAAUCCACGCCACUGAGAAGCCAUUUGAAUGUUCCCAGUGUGGCUGCAGUUUCAAGCAGAAAAACCAUCUGAUCAUCCACCAGAGGGUUCACACAGGAGAAAAACCUUAUACUUGUGCCGACUGCAAUAAAGGAUUUACUACUAAGUCAAACUUCAACAUACAUCGGAAGAUUCACACAGUCAGAAGGCAGCUUUCAUGCCCCAAAUGCGCUAAGCACUUUCCCUAUAAAAGUCAGCUAAAAAAACAUUUAAAAAUCCAUGAAGGUAAUAUAUCUGACGAUGCUCAGUAGUGACCAAAUAUAGGCAAGAUACUCAUAGAAAUAAUGAACAGUGACAGCUAUAUUGGGGGGUCCUGCAGGGAGUCUGUCUUCCUGCAGCCUCAGCUCUCCUGUUCCAUUUGGGGAUUACUGUAGCAUGCUGACAGAUCUUAGUGGGUAUAGGCAGUGGCUGAAGUACUGAUUUUGCAGACGCUACAGCAUCUGUAGGCACUCCGUCACGGCUGAGCCGGUAUUGGCUGCCCAUCUCCAACAGCAGUGGAUCCGCAACUGCACAGUGGUCAUUCGUUAUGUUGGGAGGUUUCCAGCUAGGAACCCUAAGAACAAUAUCUCAUACAGAAGUCAUGCUGUAUAAAGGAAAAAGGAGUAGAUUAAAGAAUGACAUUUCAUGGUGGGGGGGAGGGUAGAAUCUACAUAUCGUUUUGUAUUUUCUUCAUAAUGAAAAAAAAUGUAAAAUAGGUGUUUAAUGCAUUUGCCUGUAAAAUAUGGACUUUGUUUUCUAUUAAUAAUACAAUGUAACUGCACACUAUAGAUUUGAUUUUAGUAAUAUCAACACUAUUGUGCUUGGGUA